AUGGCCGAGGCCUGCGAUAAAGAAAUUCUACGCCUACUUUCGAAGGGUGCUAUAACAGCCACUUCACCCUCUGCGGAUCAAUUUUUAUCACAAUUCUUUCUCAUAGAAAAGACAUCGGGUGGAAUGCGUUUUAUCUUGAAUUUAAAAGAUUUGAAUUAUUUUUUAUCUCCCCCUCAUUUUCAGUUAGAGGAUUGGCGCAUGGUGAUUCAAUUGAUGGUCCAGGAUUCAUGGAUGGCGACUAUAGAUUUGGAAGAUGCUUACUUACUCGUCCCAAUCUCUCUCAGAAGUCGCCGCUUUCUCCGUUUUCAGUGGCGUAGCAUCACGUAUGAGUUCGCAGCCUUGCCUUUUGGGCUCUCUACAGCACCAUAUAUAUUCACUAAAAUUUUGAGACCAGUAUUGGCCCGAUUACGGAAUGAGGGAUUUUGCUCGGUUGUCUACCUGGAUGAUUUUCUGCUCUUCGGGUCCUCGCGGGAGGACUGCUUGGAAAAUCUAAACGCUUCCAUGAACUUGCUCUCGUCUUUAGGUUUCCUUAUUAGUUUUUCGAAAUCGCAACUUAUCCCUGCACAAUCCUGCAAAUACUUGGGGUUUAUUUUUUAUUCCGCGGCACAGUCGAUUGCGAUUCCCCCCAAAAGGCGCUCAGCUCUUCUUAAAAUGAUCUCCGAUUUCUCAAGAAAAUCUAAAUGCCGAAUUAAAGAUUUUGCAAGCAUGAUCGGCUCGCUAAUUUCAAUAUGUCCGGCGGUGCAGUACGGACUCUUGUAUACUAAAGAAUUCGAGAGAGAAAAAUUUCUAGCACUAAGGGAUGAAAACGGUAAUUAUAUGGCCAAAAUGAAAAUUUCUCUCCACUUGGCUAAAGAGUUCCAAUGGUGGAUUAAGAUCUUAUCUGAUCAUAAUCAGGCUUAUUUUAUCCGUUCAAAUACAGCAGUUCGAGAGAUAUUUUCAGAUGCAUCUCUAACGGGGUGGGGCGCUUCUUGCGGUGAAUUGCAUACCCGAGGAUGGUGGUCGGAAAAUGAGAAAUCCGCUCAUAUAAACUUCCUUGAACUAAAAGCUGCUUUUUAUGGUUUGAAAUGUUUUGCAGAGGAUCUUUCUAAUUGCAACAUCCUUCUCCGCAUAGAUAACACGACAGCGAUAUCAUACAUCAAUCGUUUUGGUUCUGUUCAGUACCCGCAUCUAUCAGCCUUAGCAAAACAAAUCUGGUCAUGGUGCGAAAAGCGUAAUAUCUUGUUAUUUGCAUCUUAUAUUGCCUCGAUCGAUAACUCUAUCGCUGAUCGAGAAUCUAGAAUAGUGAGUCUAGAUACUGAGUGGUCCUUAUCACAAGCCGCCUUUUCAAUGAUUCGGUCACAAUUUGGCCCUUUUGACAUAGAUCUAUUCGCUUCAAUCAUUAAUGCAAAAUGCGCAAUUUACGUAUCUUGGUUCCCAGAUCCGGGCUCUAUAGGAGUAGAUGCAUUUACAUUUUCUUGGUCAGGUGUAAGAUUUUUUGCAUUUCCUCCCUUUAUUUUAAUACCUCGAGUCCUUCGGAAAAUUAUAAACGAUAAAGCAAAGGGUGUUGUGGUAGUGCCCUGGUGGCCUUCACAAGCUUGGUUUCCCUUGUUUUGCCGUCUCCUAACCAAAGAGCCCAUAAUAUUCUCGCCAUCUUACAAUUUGCUCUCUUCUCCUUUCAGAGAUUACCACCCUGCAUGGAGAACUCUUUUCCUGGCGGCAGGGAGCUUAUCCGGCUAG